UUCUCCCUCCCAUCGCAGAGGGCUGGGUGUGGUUUGUAUGAAGUGGGUUUGAACGAUUGCCGAGAAACAUGUAUGAAUCAUCGGCCUGGGCCGCGCGAUAAUCAAAGCAAACUAUAGUGAGCAAAGCUGCUGCUACAACGUGCCGCGCAUAGUACCGAGAGUUACCUGCCACACUGUGUACCUCGAAGCUAAUUGGAAAAAGGAUUGCCCGAGGUGACGGGUUGCCGGGACAGUCCUUAGGGCCGGUGUUUUGGGUGAAAACAAACCAACGAAAACAUCCUAGACAGGUGUAGCAAACGGGCACCCGAGACGCUUAAUUGCUUGCCCUCCCUCGUCCUGGUCCGUCGCUGGUUAAAAGUACGUCUGGCGAACGAAGUGACUGGCGGCAGCCGUUUCAGCGCAGUCACAGUUAUCGGACGGCUUGCGAUCGAAGCAAUUCACAGCAACGUACGGCACCACGACAGAAACAUCGGGCGAACUGAUAGUGUAGCGGCACGGUGGUCGUGUGGUAGUGGAUUCACUGCCACCGACUUGGAUUCGGGACUCGCGGAAGUAGUAAAAGCCACGGGAGCGGCCCGCAAGCAAACUGGUUGCUGGAAGGGUCCGAGAGAUAAGCGCACUCGGUGGCCGGGUCUACCCGCCGCCGAUGGACGGAUAGGCGCCGGAGGAGGAGGACGAAAUGACAACGGCGACAAUGGAAAUGCUAACGACGGCAACAACGACGACGAUGACGCCUGGGACGGGCAAUUCUGUGGCGUCCGUUGCCAGUACGGCAGUGGCCAGCAGCAGCGGUGGUAGCGGUGGUUACGGUGUCGGCGGCUUGGAGGACACGAUGCGUCACCCGGCGGCUUCGAUGGACUACAGCAAUCUGUCCGGCGUGGGGCCGCUGAUCGAAGAGCUGGACGGAGUAAACGUAACGACCGUGUCCCAGCACAGUAACGAUUCGAUGGAGAGAAUCGCCGGCGGAAUUUCCCAACAACCCGGCGGCGGAGGAGGCGCACCGGUGCACGUAUCGGGCCACCAUCAGAAGGGCCACUCCCGGGGGAGCAGUGCACCGCUGGCGUACGACCGGAUCACGACGAAGAUCGCCUGCACAAAGGAGCUGAUCCGGAAGGAGCAGGAAGCGCGCGAUGCCAACGUUAACGAGUAUCUGAAGCUGGCGGCGAACGCGGACAAGCAGCAGCUCGCACGCAUCAAGGCGGUGUUUGAGAAAAAGAACCAGAAAAGUGCAAACACCAUUUCGCAGCUCCAGAAGAAGCUCGAAUCGUACAACAAGCGCUACAAGGAUCUGCAGCAAACCCAGCAGAAGCAACAGCAGCAACAGGCUCAGCAGCAACAGGCUCAGCAGCAGCACCAGCACCAGCAGCAGAUGGCCGCCGCCGCUCAACACGACGCCACCGCCUCCGGUGGCCAGCUACAGCAAUCGGGCGGCGGCCACCAUCAGACGGGGGGCGGUGGGAGCCAAACACUGCCAUCGAACCUUCAGCAGCACCUGGCGAUUACGGCGGGCCCGGGUGGGCCUGGUUUUCUGCAGCCGCGCGAAAUGCUGCGCGACGUGGGGCAAGGGUUGCGGAAUGUCGGUGGCAACAUCCGGCACGGCGUAACCGGCUUGUCGGCGACUGUGAUAUCAAAACCGCGCAAAUUCGCGCACCUCAUCCGCAACAAGUUUGGGAGCGCGGACAACAUCAACCAGCUGACCGCCACCUGGUACACCGGCACCGGUGGUGCCGGCGCCGACGGUGAACUGUCCGGGAUGGAUAUGAGCGGCACCGACGGACAGCAGACGUCUACGCCGAGUGGUCAGCACCACGGGCAGCAUCACCAUCACCAUCACCACCAUCAGCACCAUCACCAUCCAACCAGCACCAGCGACAGUGAAGGCCGGCGGCAGGGAAGCGCUCAGCCGCAGCCGGGGGGCACAACGGGCGGUCAACGGCAACAGAGUGCGGCCGGUGGCAAGUACAGCGAGCAUGACAGCGAGUGUAGUAGCGUCACCAGCGACAGCAUACCGCUCGGUUCGGACAAACACCACCGGCUGAGCUGUAGCCAGCGGUGCGUGCACUAUAAGGCCCUGGGCGAGGUGCGGGACGAGCAACAAAAGCAGAAGGAGCGUCUCGAGCGGCUCGAACUACUCCAGAAGGACGUGUCGGAGCUCUCGAUGUCGCUGGAGAACGAACGGUAUCGGGCGGACCGGCUCGAGGAGCAGAUUAACGAUCUGUCCGAGCUGCACCAGAACGAGCGCGAAAAUCUGAAGCAAGCGAUCGCCGACCUCGAGGAGAAGGUUCAGUACCAGAGCGACGAGCGGUUGCGGGACGUCAACGAGAUCCUCGAAAACUGCCAGACGCGCAUCGCCAAGAUGGAGCAACUGUCGCAGCAGCAGUACGUCACGGUCGAGGGCAUCUACAACUCGAACGCCCGGGCCGUCGUCGUGAAGCUCAUCAACGUGGUGCUGACCGUGCUGCAGGUAAUACUGCUCCUGGUGGCGACGGCGGCCGGUAUCAUUGUGCCAUUUCUGAAAACCCGCUUCCGGGUGCUCACGACGUUAGUCUGCACGAUCAUGCUGUUCGUCAUCGUGCGCCAAUGGCCGGAUGUGCGCGAUACCGGCGUGCACCUGUUACGCAUCCUGCGCAGCCAGGUUGUGAGUGAUGAUGCUGCGUAAACGAGUAGCGUCGUCACCACCGCGUGCAGCGGCUGACGAUGACGGCGUGGUUCAAUCCUUUCCAUUGUCGGUUAAUUCAGAAAGAUUGUUUUAGCGAGCUCAAAAAGGAACCGAACACGUGUGCUCACAGGUUGAUCGCUAGGCUCAAGAGGAAACUGCUCAAAUCGAAAUCGAAAGACCGGCUCUCGCGGGAGGUGCUGGUGUGUGAGUUCGCUAAAUAUGAAUCCAUCCACGUCCAAAACUUCACAAAACCACACCACAGACUGGGUGUGCCCGUAGUGUACACGGAGGUGCAACCAUGCAUAAGUAAUUACCCCGGCGCUGUCUUGGAGGACAAUAGUCACGCGGAAAGGAAGAGGCAAUCGGCCAUGCCCGGCCAUACUGUAUACCCGGUGUUGCUAAAUUUUCGUCAACUUUUCGUAGGGAUUUCAUCUGUGGUUAUUUAAUGGUUAGAGCGCCGGCGAGGGCAGUUUUCUUGCACUGAAUGUGAUUAAUGUACUGAACAGGGUGGUUGUAUGUGCGCGUAGAGGUGCAAAAAUUGCAAUCAGCCUUCUUGUUCGUCCGCUAAACUAGCCUCUGGUUAAAUAGACAGAUGAUCUAGAACGAAUGAUCGAAGAUCACGUGUUUGACAAAUCAUAAUUGAACGCGGUGCGAUCGUUUCCAAAGCACAGGAGCCGUAAAGAAGUAGCCGUAGUGUUGACGUAGUAACUUCGUUAUACUGUCAUAGUUUGUUCGCAGUAGUCCAUGCUCCUCCGCAUAAACGAUCGCCGGGCAAUCGCGCCCGAGCCAGACAAAGCAAACGGCGCACGGAGGGUAAAGAUCGCGCGCAGCUUGCGAUUAGGCUUUUGAGGACAUGCAGAAGCAAACGCCCAACACAGAGUGAACACGCGCAGUCGGCGCGUCGUUGUUCCGUUACAUACGAUAAUGUUCAUAUAAUAGAGAAUGUUUUAAGGUCUCCUAUUUCUUCUACCGAUGGAAGCAAUAUUAAGUUAUUAUUAGCGAGUUUAACGAAAACAGGGCAAUCCAGUAGGCCAGGUGGUAGAAUACAGAUACAGAAGAACACCACCACUAAAGGGAGUCAAUACGGUAAGGGGGAACAACACAGCAACACAAAGGGGGGACUGGACAUAAAUUACGUAAGAUCGGGUGGGUACAUCAAAACGUGAUUGGGUUUUUGGCGACCCAAGGCGCCAGAGAGCGCAGGA